UUCUGCCGUGGGUUGAGCCGCUGUGCGGCCGCUCUCCGGAUAGCGGGCUUUCAUCCGCUGCGGGCUACCAUGGCGGCAGCCGCCGAGCUGCAGGGGAAAUACCAGAAGCUGGCGCAGGAGUAUUCUAAGCUUCGAGCUCAGAAUCAGGUACUAAAAAAAGGUGUUGUGGAUGAACAAGCAAACUCAGCAUCCCUGAAGGAACAGCUGAAAAUGAAGGACCAGUCACUCAGAAAACUGCAACAGGAAAUGGACAGUUUGGCCUUUCGAAAUCAACAGUUGGCCAAGAGGGUAGAGCUGCUUCAGGAUGAACUUGCAUUAAGUGAAUCAAAAGGCAAGAAGAACAAGAAAAGUGGAGAGGUUUCAUCUCAGCUGAGCCAAGAACAGAAGAAUGUCUUUGAUGAAGACCUUCAAAAGAAGAUAGAAGAGAAUGAGCGACUGCAUAUUCAGUUCUUUGAGGCAGAUGAGAAACACAAGUGUUUGGAAUCAGAGCUGCGGAGCAGACUGGAGGUCUUGGAGAUGGAGGCUGCGCAGCACCAGGCGGUGGUGGACGGCCUGACGCGGAAGUACAUGGAUACGAUAGAGAAACUGCAGAAUGAUAAGGCCAAAUUAGAAAUUAAAUCUCAGACUCUGGAGAGGGAAGCCAAGGAUUGCAGGGUUCGAACAGAAGAAUGCCAGCAGCAGUUAAAGAAUCUUCAUUCUGACUUAGGUAGCAGGUUGGAUGAGUCGCUCCGCAUUAUCCGUGAAAAAGUACCUUUCAAUGACGCAAGAUCUAGCCAGUUCAAUGCUCUGAAUGUGCCAUUACACAACAGACGACGCCAGUUGAAGCUGCGUGACCUUGUUGGCCAGGCACUGACUUUUGUUCAAGAUCUGGUAACUGCUCUUCUGAAUUUCCACACCUACACAGAGCAACGAGUCCAGAUUUUUCCUGUUGAUUCUGCCACAGACACUAUAUCGCCAUUAAACCAGAAGUUCUCACAGUAUCUCCAUGAAAAUGCAUCCUACGUUCGCCCUCUGGAGGAAGGAAUGCUGCUCCUGUUUGAGAGUAUCACAGAGGAUACUGUCACAGUGCUGGAAACAGCUGUGAAAUUGAAAUCCUUUUCUGACUACCUAACGUCUUAUGUCCACUUUCUCAGGAAGAUUCUUCCUUACCAGUUGAAAAGUUUGGAAGAAGAGUGUGAAUCUUCUCUUUGCACAGCUGCGUUAAGAGCCAGGAACACGGAGCUCCAAAACGACAUGAAGAAGCUGACAGCCGUCUUUGAGAAGCUGCACACGUAUAUUAGUCUUCUUGCCUUACCAAGCACAAAGCCAGACAGGCUGCUUCGGACAAACUUCAGCUCAGUGUUCACAUAUGUUGCUUCAGCUCUUCAUGGAUUUCAUGAUAUCAUGAAAGAUAUUUCCAAGCAUUAUAGUCAAAAAGCGGCCUUGGAGCGUGAGCUCCCAACAUCCACACAGAAGCUAAUAACCACCAAUGACUGCAUCUUAUCGUCUGUGGUGGCGUUAACAAAUGGAGCAGGCAAGGUUGCCUCCUUCUUUAGCAACAAUUUAGACUGCUUCACUGCCUCACUGAGCUAUGGGCCCGAGGGAGGAACGGAGUUUAUCAACCCCCUCUCGGCCGAAUGCAUGCUUCAAUACAAGAAGAAAGCCGCUGCCUUCAUGAAAUUGCUGAAGAAGCCAUGCUGUGAUUCAGUGCCUUAUGAAGAGGCCUUGGCCAACCGCAGAAUUCUUCUGAGUUCCACUGAGAGCAGAGAAGGCCUCGCGCAGCAGGUGCAACAGAGUUUGGAGAAGAUUGCCAAACUGGAGCAGGAAAAGGAACACUGGAUGCUGGAGGCCCAGCUUGCCAAAAUCAGGCUGGAGAAAGAGAAUAGAAAGGUGGCCGAUAAACUCAAGAACUCUGGCAGUGGCCAAUUGAUCGAGGCGAGCCCGGAAAGUCCCGUCUUGCUGAAUGCAGCUGAGUUGGAGGAGGCUGCCACAGAGAAGGUUCUGAGGGAUCCCCUUAAAAGCACAAGUUUGGUUGGAAUGCUAACAAUGACUACUUAUGAUGAAGAGGUUCCAGAAGCUGAUACCCGGGAAGAUUUGAUAAAGAACCACUAUAUGGCAAGGAUAGUGGAGCUUACGUCUCAGUUGCAGCUGGCUGAUAGCAAAUCAGUGCAUUUCCACGCGGAGUGCCGAGCACUUGCAAAGCGACUUUCUUUAGCUGAGAAAUCUAAAGAAUCGUCAACGGAAGACAUGAGGCUAGCCAAACAGAGCAUCACCAGAUUACAGGAUGAGUUGACGACAACCAAGAGAAGCUAUGAAGACCAGUUAAGUAUGAUGAGCGACCACCUCUGCAGUAUGAACGAAACCCUAUCCAAACAACGGGAAGAAAUAGAUACACUAAAGCUGGCAAGUAAGGGAAAUUCCAAGAAGAAUAAGAACCGAUAGUAUCAGCUAGUUGGCUGCCUUUCGGAUCUUGCUGCUGC